AAGAAAAAAAAAAAGGCGAGGAUUUGAGGAUCACUUUCCAAGAAGAGUGUUUUCGAGCUCUCAAGCUCCGGCCAAAGCAAACCCUUCUCCAAUGCCUCCCUCCUUCUCCUCCGCAUCCUCUGACAAACCUCACCACCAUGGCCUCAAUCUCUCCUUUGAAUCCCUUGCUUCCAGUGUCCUCUCUCGCCUCCCCUUCCCCAAGCCCAGCUCACCACCGGUACCUUCCUCCACCUCCGUGACUGUCCCUCUUGUCUUUCCCUUCAAUUCGUUCUACCAGGACGAAGGCCGAGGCCGUUCAUCGCCUUCACCGGCCAUUAGGAAUUUGGCGUCUAGUGUUAGGAUCGAUGGAUUGAGCUCGGGCUCGAAGGGUGUUGGCCCUGCCUUCGUUGGCCAAGUCUUCAGCAUGCUUGACCCGUCCGGUAAUGGCCUUAUGGCUGUGACUACCCACUUCGACAUCCCCUUCCUCACCAAGAGAGCUCCUGCUUGGGUUAAAAAGAUGCUAGCGAAUGUCACCAGGAGUGAAAAGAAUGGCCCUGUUUUUCGCUUUUUUAUGGAUUUAACAGAUGCUGUUACAUAUGUUAAAAAGCUGAAUGUUCCAACUGGCAUGGUGGGUGCAUGCAGACUUGAUGUUGCAUAUGAACAUUUCAAGGAAAAACCUCACAUGUUCCAGUUUGUACCGAAUGAAAAGCAGGUCAAGGCAGCUAAUAAACUUCUUAAAGCAAUCCCCCAAAGAAGUGGGAAGAAGAAGUUGGAUGGAGUACCUGUGUUUACAGCUGAGAACUUAAACAUUGCAAUAGCAACAAAUGAUGGGAUUAAGUGGUACACACCUUAUUUUUUUGAUAAAAGCCUGCUAGAUAAUAUCCUUGAAGCUUCAAUUGAUCAGCAUUUUCACACUUUAAUACAAACUAGACAUUCACAACGGCGAAGGGAUGUUAUUGAUGAUAGCCUAACGUCAGAAAUGUUUGAGGAAAAUGGGGAUAGCUUAUUUGAGCCUCCUGAGGUCCAAGAAGUCCUUGAUGAAAUGGGACACUCAAGCAUACCGCUUAGUAUCAUAUCCAAAGCAGCUGAGAUUCAGCUUCUUGAUGUUGUUGAUAAAGUACUAUUGGGGAACAAGUGGUUAAGAAAAGCCACUGGCAUUCAACCAAAGUUUCCUUAUAUGGUUGAUUCAUUCGAAGAAAGGAGUGCGGCUUCUCUUGCUAAGGCUGCUCUAUCAACCAGCUCUUCUAACAACUCAGAAGGUGUUGAUAUUACCCAGAGCAAUCUUGGGGUAUCAAACCUUAAGUCAAGUGAUGGCAAUCAAGGAGAUCGAAGGCAGUCAUCAAGCCACACAGACUUCCGGUUCCCGUUUGGAAACUGGUUGCCAAAUCCAUUGUCGCUGAUGAACAGGAAGAAGCAAAAGCCCGAAAUAGAUCGCAAGUCAAAAACAAGAGCACGAGGAUCAAACACUGAUAAUGUCAUUCAAACACCACCAAAUCCUCUUCUCCCCAAAAUCACUAUGGUUGGUAUCUCAAUGGGUGAUGGUCAGGCAAGCAUAUCCACCCUGAAGAAGACAAUGGAAAAUCUUACAAGGGAGCUUGAAACAAGCCAAAAGUCAGCACACAUCGAUGAAGACAAGGAUCCUCUUUUUGUAGCUAAUGUGGGUGACUACUCUAGCAUAACAAGGAUGAACUCUUCAUGACAAGCACAUUAUAAAGUUCAGAGAUUUCACCCUUCUCAUGCAUUUUCUACCAGAUAGCUCAUUCAACAUUCACAUAGUGAAUCCUGAAGACCAGUCACAUUUUACCGGAACUAAUUCAGAAAGCUACUUGCUGAUCUGACUGCAUUGGAAAACCUUUCAGAUAAAAGCAGUUAGCGGCAGUAAAUAUCAUGCAGACAUAAUUUUUUUCUGCUUAGUUGAAGCCAUUUCAUGAAGGAUUAUUGAGAAGUAUUACAAAAGCAAUGAGAAUAUCAUUUGAGGCAAUUGCAACUCUGCUAUAACAACAUGUUGGUUCAGUAUCAGCUCUGUAUGAGAUGUCCAGAUCAAUCCAAUCUCUCAGAUAUUCUGCUCUAUUUAUUAUACUCUUAUGCUUAGUUUCCCCGGAGUAGAAGGUUCCAUCAACUGUAUACUUGUUCACCGAUUGCAUGGAGUUAUAUUCUUCAUGUUAAAAAGCAUGUCUUGUGCUAUCAUUCCUUUCUGAAAACAACUCUAGUGCUCUAUUAUAUAUAUACUAAAGAAACCAAGAAGGAAUCUUUGGUUCUCCAACAUCAUUUUGAUCUUGUACAUGUGUGAGAACAGUUUGUGCACUAAUUUGUUCAUGUGCUUUCCUUUCUAUGAUGCAAUGACUAUCAAGUGUUGAUUAUUA